CAUCGCCGGUCAUAACUUCAUUCUAGAAUGGCUCGGCAGCAUGUUGAAACCAACCCACAUUUCAUUGGUCCUGAUGAAGAACUCACACCAGAGCUACGUGAUCAUCUACCUAAUGCUUUGUUGAGAUCACGACGGGAUCAUGACCAACGUCCUCCGCCGCGUGGUCCACGGGAGUUGCAACCUCCUCAAGACGAACGUCUGCACCCCAGACAUCUUCGGGACCAACGUCCCUACCCACUUGGUCCGUCUCGGCCGGCACAACAUCAUGAAGACCAACCUCACCCGCCACUUCAUGUAUGGGUGCCGCCGCCACAUCACGAAGACCAACGUCGCCAACCGCAACAUCGUCAACCCCAACAGCCGGAGCCACUAGGAAUUUGGGCGCCAAGAGCACCGGUUCAAGGUCCAGCCCCAAAAAAACAGAAACGCAGCCGGACGCGUAAGGAAGUGGGGAUGCAACCCCAGGUUCAAGACCAACAUCCUCGUGCGUCAUUGAUACAGCAGGAGGGUGAAAGCACCCGAGGGUCAAUGACACCGAAACCUGAGGGCCAGCAACCCCAUGAACAUCGGCCCCACUCAAGUAUUUUUCUUCCGCGAGUCCGUCGAACCAAACCUGUAACAUGGUUUGCAGCAGCUUUCUGUAUAAUUUUUUGGCUUGCCGUAAUAAUAGGAGGCUUAAUUGUUCUGGUGGUCUAUCUCGUCUUUCGACCACGUAGUCCACGCUUUGAUGUUACUAGCGUCACCCUGAAUGCAGCCUAUCUCGACAUGGGUUAUCUGCUAAAUGCUGAUCUUACCAUGCUUGCAAACUUCACAAAUCCAAACAAGAAGGUGCGCGUGGAUUUCAGUUCCAUGUACCUUGAUCUUUACUUCGAGAAUACCCGGAUUGCUACUCAAUACAUCGAACCUUUCUCCGCAGCAAGACGUCAGUCCAUGUUUGCAAAUAUUCAUAUGGUAACCAGUCAGGUUAGGCUUUCAGUGAAAGAAACUCUGCUGCUUCAAAAGCAGAUUCAGAACAACCGAGUCAUGUUUACAGUCAAGGGGGAGUUUCGAGCGCGAUCCAAUUUCGGAAGCGUCUGGAGUUACUCGUAUUGGUUGCAUGGCCGUUGUAGCAUCAUGGUGUCCAGCCCUCCAACCGGGGUCUUAAGAGAUAAAAGAUGCAGAACCAAACAGUGAGGAUAAAUCAUUUCCAUUGUCAUUAUUUUCUUCUUUUAGUUUUGCUUCAAAACUUUCUAAUAAUAUCAGAAAUUAAUUUUGUACUUGUUUCAAAACGAAACACUUCCGUUUCAUAUAUAUCAUACUCAAUUUUGCAAAUUUAAGAAGAAAUCAACCCCAUUGGUCAACUCUCUUUUUCUUAGUCUCAUCCACAUUUCUUUUUUAAUUCCAUUCUCCAUCUCCCAUACAAUUUAAGACGGAACAUCUUCUACAAGGAUCAGGGGAGAAUGCCUUUCCAACAAAAAACUACAGAAACCCAAGAAUCCUGGUCCGCCCUUUUCUCUAUUAGCUAAUACAAAGCUAACAAAAAACUAUAGAGACCCAAGAAUCCCGGUCCGCCCUUUUCUCUAUUAAAGGAGUCACGCAGAAUUCAUCACCAACCACAUAGCCCUCUUGCCUAAGCCUGGACCAAAUCUACACAAUUUGAGCAAGCAAUAUAAAAACCAGCGUUGAAGAAAAAUACUAAAAAAUAAAAAAUAAAAAAA